AUGGCCAUGGCCUCCCCCGCUUUCCUCCUGCCAUCACUGUUCCCCAAGCCCACUCCCCUCGCCGCGUCGCUCCACUGCAGCCUCCCACGCGCCCUCCACCUCCGCUGCUCGCCCAACGGCGCCGCCGUGCCGGAAUCCCCUGAACCUGCCUCUCGCCGCGGCCGCAAAAAGUCACCGUCCCCGUCGGCGCCAAAGGCGAAGGCCACGAGGCGGAGAAUCAAGAAGGCGGACCAGGAUCCCGACUCGGAGGGCGCGGAGGAGCCGGCGAAGCGGACCAACCGCCGGACAAGGAAGUCCAAGGAAGAGGCCAAACAGGAGGAGGUGGCCCAGGCGGCGAGCCACGGAACGGAGCAGACGAUUCAAGAGGCCAACGAAGAGGAGUAUGCGGUAGAAGCGGAGAGCAACUACGAUGACGACGAGGAUUUUGCAAACGAGUGGCCGCCGCUGGUGUGCUGCUUCGGCGCGCCGCGGUGGGAGUUCGUGCCCACGGUGCGGGUGUCGGACCGCCAGAUGCAUCCCGACAUGUACUCCACGUGGAGGCACCUGCAAUGGGAGCCGCCCGAGUUCGCGCGCGCGCCGGGGAGCGCGGCGAGCAACGUGGCCAUUGCGCUCACCCGGCUCGGCGGGCGCGCCGCGGUGCUGGGCAAGGUCGGCGACGACGACUUCGGCCGCGAGCUUGUGUACCGCAUGAACUGCGAGCGGGUACAGACACGUGCCAUCAAGUUCGACGGCAAAGCGGCCACCGCCGCGGCGCGCAUGAAGGUGAGCUUCCGGGACCGGGAGGACGGCAAGGGCGGCACGAAACUUGUAGCCGAGACGGUGAAGAGUGCCGCCGAGGACUCCCUCCGCAAGACUGAGAUCAAUGUAGAUGUGUUGAAAGAGGCUAGAAUGUUCCAUUUCAAUUCAGAAGUCCUGUUAAACCCUUCAAUGCACGACACACUCUUCAGAGCUAUUGAGCUGUCCAAGAAAUUUGGAAGCAAAGUGUUCUUCGAUCUCAAUUUGCCAUUGCCAUUGUGGACUUCCAGGGAUAAAACAAAGGAGGUGAUAAACAGGGCAUGGAAAGAGGCUGAUAUCAUAGAGGUAUCAAGGGAUGAGCUGGAAUUCCUCCUUGAUCAUGAGUACUAUGUGUACAAGAGAAACACCCCACCUCAGUAUUAUCUGGAAGGAUUUCAUUUUACAAGAAACUGGCCACAGUACUACCACUACAGCCCUGAAGAGAUCGCUCCUAUUUGGCAUGAUGGUAUAAAGAUCUUGCUUGUGACCUAUGGGACACUUCGGAUCCACUAUUACACACCUAAGUUUCAUGGCUGUGUGGUUGGGACAGAGGAUGCACUCAUAACUCCAUACACCACUGACCGAACAGGUUCAGGGGAUGCUAUUGUGGCUGCUGCUAUUAGGAAGCUGACAACUUGUCCUGAAAUGUAUGAAGACCAGGAUACAUUGGAGAGGCAACUGAGAUUUGCCGUUGCCGCUGGAAUCAUAUCACAAUGGACAAUUGGUGCUGUGCGAGGGUUUCCCACUGAGAGUGCUGCCCAGAACCUGAAGGAAGAAGUCUAUGUGCCUUCUAUGUGGUGA